AUGGAGGUGAAGCCGGAGGUGCUGCUGAAUGCCCUACGAUGUGCAAGCCGGGCCCCCAACAAAGAAUUGUCCAACUGGAGAAAUCGCCAUCCGCAUGACUGGCCUCUCCCAAGGCAGGAGCCUCCGUGGGGCACUCAGGGUGGCUCCCGGCCACGCCUGGGGUCCCUGACAGGAAGGCUCGUAUUGACAGAAGCAGCAGACGGAAUUGUCGGAGCGCCUGCCAGGCAGCUGACUCUGCGUGGGACCAAGGUUCACAGGCUGACGCCAGCCUGCCCUCUGGACCCUCUUGUCUCCUGGCCACAGACUCCCUGGCCGCCCCAGGUGGGAGGUGGCCGUUAUUCCCGGGCAGUUCCUUGCCCAGAGCUGCCGGCUCCGAGUGAGAAGCGGGCACUGUGGUCUUGCGCGGACCUGAGGGCUGGCCCCCGAAUCCUAGAAACGGGCUCCUGGGCUGACGCCAUCCCUGUCUCCCUGCUCCCCACGCUGGAGGGCCGGCCCUGCCCCUGCAGGCCUCCGACUUCCUCUGCUGCUCCCGGCUUACUCGCUGGGCUCGGUCCCUCCAUGCCCGCCUCCCCAGUCAGCGGCCACCUCCUUGGAGUUUUCCUGGGUCCCUCCCCUCUUUUCCAUUCCUGGGUCCCUUCCAGCCCCUGGCACAUAUUCUGGCACCCAGAGAGUGCUCUGGGAGGGUGGCAACCACAAAGAGCUAAGAAUUUGCUAGACGCACAAAGGGGCAAGAAGGAGCUAGGGCCAUUGCACAGAUGGGAAGACAGGGUCCUGCCCAAGGCCACGCGGCGGUGAGCCCGUGUCUCCAGCUUCCCCUGAGAGCAAGAGUCUGCGGGCUCCAGCCUCCCGUGGGGCUCCCGCAGUCCUCGGGGCUGAGCUCAAGGCCCCCACGGCCCCCACGCGGAGUCUAGGGCGGGUGCGGUGCUCCGCUCAGAGGCCGGCUGCAGACGGUGAGCGCACCUUACACACAGAAGGCCUGGGUCUCUGCUCCCAGAAGUAGCUCCUGGCCAGGCCUGACUCUUCCUGGCUGCUCCAGAAAGCUCUUCGAGGGCCAGGAAACCAAGCGGCAGCCGGGCAUUCUCGGGUGGAGGAGCGGGUGGCCGGCUGGCCUGCUCCGGGGGUGGAGGGGGGUGCAGGGUGGCCUAUGGGCCCCUCUCUGGGUGGGGGAAGGGAGGGUCCCCAGUCUCAGCUCUGUCCCUACACAACGAGCGGGUCUUAGGCAGGCAGUUUGUCGCCUCAGCUCUCGGCCCAAACUCCAGGCCCUCGCAGGCGCAGCUCUCGGGCCGGUCCCGCCUCCCCCCAGGGCCAGGUACCCUGGGGCAGGUCUGCGGGCCAGGAGCAUCCUCCAGUCCCAUCCCGGCCGGCCACUGCUGUCACUCUAUCCCGGUGACCCAGUUUCCCUCCUGUCCAUGCCAGGGGGGGCGGGGGGCCCUGGGGAGACAGUGUCCCCCUUUGAGGAGAGGGUGGCGGUGGAUCAGAUGUCCCGGGCGCGGCGUCUGCGGGCUGGGGACAGGGGCCAUGGCUUGCAGGUCUUCAAUAGCCCGAGAUUAAGUUCCGUCCCUGGGGGCCCCGUUGUGUGGCCAUUGUGACGGCGUGGGAACCGAGGCGUUCUGGGCCAGACAGGGACGCAUCUCGGGCCUGGGGGCCGACCGGGCAUCCCGCGGGAAGGAGCACGCGCAGCUAGCUGUCCACCUGGGGUCUCGGGGAAGCCUGGACUCCGGCCGGGCAGCCUGCGACGUGUCCACGCUGGGUCCCCAGAACCCUGCCGGACCCCCGUGCGCCGCCUGAGGGAAGGUGCUCCUUUUUUGCAGUCCGGUGAGCAGAGCGUGGGCCGAAUUUCAGGCGUCUAUCCUUGGUCAGUGCACCAUCUGCACACGUGCGCAGCAGACCUCACUCCGCCCCCGGCCCCUCCCCACCCCUCUUGAGGCUCUCCUCAGCCUCUUCUGCUCCCUUCGGCAAAGUCCUCCCCCGGCGCCCCCCCAGCUCGGAUUGCAAGGCUGUCCUCCGCUGACAAAGCCACAGGCCGGUCCCUGCUGAUGUGAUCGGAAGUGUGGGGCCACCAAGUCCAGGUGCUGGCUGUAAGCUCUCGCGUUCCCUCCCUGGAGACGCCAGUGCAGGAGUGAGGAGGACUGUGGGAGGCUGGGAGGCCCCCACCCCGGGGCCUGAGCGCGCCCCCUCUCCAUCACCCUCACCUUCCCCGGCUGCGGCCCCCAGCACCCGCUUGGCGGGGCCGUCGUGCCCGGCUCUGCGCUCUCUCUCGGUGCCCCAGACACAAGUCCUCGCGCGUGCGGACGUGUGCACAUCUCCACACGUGCAGGUGAGCCCGCGUGCGGGGGUGAGGUGCUGCACGUGCAAGCAGAGGACACGUGUGACCGCGUGCACACACGCCCAGAGCAGGCGCCCGCGGCCCGAGCAGGCUCCUUCCGUCCGGCACAGCUGCAGAC